AUGAAUAUUUUCAUUGCAAAUCAUGUCCUAUUACUGUCUUGUGUACUCGCAGCUGUCGGUUGGGUCGUUUCAUUUGCCGGUCUGUGCGUAUCGGCGGCAGGCGCACUGACACAUGCGGUUUCUUGGUGGAUCACCGUCUACGAAUUGAGUCUCGUAAUCCUUGUUUGCACUGUUAUCUGGAGCAACGCCAUUGAAAUAUAUCGACCAGUGGUGCUUGCACUGAUCGCUAUCAGUGUUCCCUACGCAACAGGCGAAAUCGCACACUACAUCACAACAGGCCAACCUGCGCUAUCUGCUGCGUCUGCUGGAUAUAUCGUACUCGUCGUUGCCCAGUUUUCUUGGCUAUUUUUAUUCGGCGUGCGGCAUGAAUCGCUUAUUUUCCAAACACUACGAGUGCCCCACCCAUCGUAUUCUUAUACUACCAACCGAUCCAACGCCGCUAUGGCGUUCGGCACUGGCACAAGUACGCUAGAUAUGGCAAAGUCAAUCGCAGCAAGCACUUAUCCACCAGCGCCACCGCCAUUAACAUCUGGUGCUCCUGCACCAUACGAUUCACAUCCAACAGAACCAGCCGAUCAAACUGUGUUUGUAUCACCUCAUGCAGAGUACAACAUUCCCGUCAUCGCACUCCAUACAUAUGAAGCCAACCCUGAGGAUCCAAACGAGCUAAAAUUCUCCAAGGGCGAAACUCUCUACGUUCACGAGCAAAAAGGAAACUGGUGGCAAGCAAGAAAAGCUGAUGGCACUGCCUCAGGUGGCACCCAUACACCAUUAAAAAGAGACUGA